UUCCUUUAGUCCCUGCCGCGUUAGUCGUACUCGCAUCCGCUGUUAUCAGUAGCUCCCUUGGCGCGAACCAUCAUACUAUAUUCGUCGGACGACUCGAGAGAUUUGGCUUCGGAUACAAUUCACCGCGGAGUUAUUACACGUACCGUACCAUAUAGUCUACAUAUAACGUUCCGGGAACCGUAUGUAUAUGUUCGAUAAACCGGUUGCUUUUACGUAAAAAAAAAAUCACGGUGAUUUGACUUUUGUUAAGGGUGAAAAAAAUUAUCCCAUUUUAACGUAAAAUUCCAGUACAAAAAUAUCUUCGAACGCGAAAAAAGAGGCCAUCGUCGCCGGCUCUUUGGCCAUAACCGUUGUUGUUGUUGUUUUUUUUCCUCUCGUAAAAAUUCGAAUCAGUUUCAAGUGAGUCGGGACCACGGUACUCCCAACGGAGCCCUCGGUAGAUCUAGGUCGCAACACUUCUGGUACUUUUUGGGUCGGAUCAGAAGUGGAGUGCGGGUACACAACAACCGCGUCCCCAUGGCCGUCGUCGUUGGGACUGCCGGGCUCCGUAGAGUUGGACCCGGUGGCCGCCGCGGCCUGGGGACGCAAGUUCUAUUCGCCUCCGGCCAGCCGGAUGUUUCCUGGAUUGCAUCAUCAUCAUCAGGACGGAAGUGCGACCGGACUGCAUCAUCACCAUCAUCAUCAUCAUCAGCCUCGAGGACCUGCUGUUACCAGUGGACUCAAAGAGGAGCCACUGUCCGGAUCGCAGCUCGCUGCCAGAUCGUGGAUGCAGCCUGGAGUCGAUCAUACGAGUAUCGGCGUAGGAAGAGCUCAUUUUGAAAAGCAGCCUCCGAGCAAUUUACGAAAAUCGAAUUUCUUUCAUUUUGUGAUAGCACUAUACGAUCGUUCCGGACAACCGAUUGAAAUCGAACGAACAGCUUUCGUCGGUUUCAUCGAAAAAGAUCAAGAAACCGAACCUCAGAAAACAAAUAAUGGAAUCCAUUACAGACUCCAGCUUCUCUACGCGAAUGGUAUACGUCAAGAGCAAGACAUCUUCGUCCGGCUAAUCGACUCGGUUACCAAACAGGCGAUUAUUUACGAAGGACAAGAUAAAAAUCCAGAAAUGUGUAGGGUGCUACUUACACACGAAGUCAUGUGCAGUCGCUGUUGUGAUAAAAAAAGCUGCGGAAACAGAAACGAAACGCCAUCAGAUCCUGUGAUUAUUGACAGAUAUUUUCUCAAAUUCUUCCUCAAGUGCAAUCAAAACUGUUUGAAAAAUGCCGGUAAUCCUCGAGACAUGAGAAGAUUUCAGGUUGUGAUCUCGACUCAAGUCAGCGUCGAAGGACCACUGUUGGCGGUAUCAGAUAAUAUGUUUGUACAUAAUAAUUCAAAGCACGGUCGUCGAGCCAAAAGAUUAGAUCCUUCUGAAGGACUGUAUCCUCCGUUACCACUAGCCACACCUUGUAUAAAAGCAAUCAGCCCUAGCGAAGGAUGGACGACUGGUGGUUCGACUGUUAUCAUUAUUGGCGAUCAUUUUUUCGAAGGUCUUCAAGUAGUCUUUGGCACACAUUUGGUGUGGAGCGAGUUGAUAACACCGCAUGCGAUCCGAGUUCAAACACCACCGCGACACAUACCAGGAGUCGUCGAAGUAACAUUAUCGUAUAAAUCAAAACAGUUUUGCAAAGGAUCCCCCGGUAGAUUUGUUUACGUCUCGCUUCAAGAACCGACCAUAGAUUACGGUUUUCAAAGACUUCAAAAAUUAAUACCCAGACAUCCCGGUGAUCCAGAUAAAUUACCAAAGGAAAUCAUCCUAAAACGAGCAGCUGAUUUAGCCGAGGCACUGUACAGUAUGCCGAGGAACAACCAGUUCUCGAUAUCAGCUCCCAGAUCGCCUACAAACUCAGGUUCAAUGGCAUCCUCCGGUUUCAACGCCUACACCGGUCAAUUAGCCGUUACAGUCCAUGAAAACGGCACAGGCCAAUGGACAGAAGAGGAAUUUGCUAGAGGUCAGAGUAGCAGCGUGUCACCUCGAGGUGGCUACGGCUCCAGCGCCUCGACACCUCAUUCGUCCAACGGCGGCGGCUCUUACAACAACGGAAACACCAAUGGCGGAGGCGGAGGUGCCACUCCAGGAGGUACCAUACCCUCAGCAGCCUACAACGGCUCGUCCAACUCGACUGCCAAUUCAAAUCUAGGGUCACCGACCGGAGGUUCUCUGUUCAAUUCGUCAUCCAUGGUAGCUUGCGAUAAUUAUUCCAAUUAUAAUCAACAACAUUACGGUACUAAUAACGGCGGUGAAAACGAUGCUAAGGAGAAAAGCGCUUUUUUGCCCGUCACCAGAGGGUCUUCGCCGUCGCCGAUUCCGACGUCGCAAUCUGCUUCUCAACAUUUAACAAAUAUGUCGACCUGGCAUCAUUUGGCUGUGCAUUCUUGAGUUGGUAGCGGAGGCAGCCUGGUAUCUUCUCCAUUCGCCACAAUGAAUCCGUUCGGAUUAACCACGUGCAAUCCUCAAGCUUACACUUCAUCCGCUUUAGUGAGCUCGAGUAAAUAAUUCUUAACGCUGUUGUUGUUGUUGUUGUAUCUACCACCACCAAAAAAGUUACAAUACUUACAUUUGUAUGUACAAAUUUCCAAAAAUUACUUUGUUUUUAUACAUAAUACUUUUUCCCCCUUCUUCCUCUUCCAUUUGUUCCUAAUAAUUAAGUCGUUUUAGAUUCUGUUUCCUUUCCUCCCUCUUUUACUCGUAUUAAAUAUUAAAAUUUAUCGAUUAAAUACUUAUUUAUGUACAAAAGAACAAAAAACUUUGAUUUUUAAAUCGUUGUUAUUAUUGUCUAUGUGUAAUGGCUGUAUUGUAUUUGUUUUUUGAUUGUAAGUAUCGAUAUGGCUCUACGUCUACAUAAAUUGGCUAUGUAUUGAGUGUAUGUUUUAUGUGUAUUGUUUUGUUCUGUUAAUGUCUGUCUUAUUCUCCCCCUUUUUUUUCAAUGGUCUCUUUCGAUAAUUUGAUAAAAAUGAUCAAAAAUCACUUUCAACUUUGAGUAUUUAUUUUUUUAUCAAUUUUAUGAAAAAUUCCAAGUUUUGAAUUCAAAAAAUUCAAAAUAUUCUUUUCAAUAUUUUUUUUUGUUGAUAAAUCGAGGGUCAAAGUGAUUAAAUUUUUCUUAAUAAAAAUAAAACAAUAAAUCAUCAAUUUAAUCAAUAGCAUAAUAGUCGAGUUUAUAAACGACUUUGAUCACAAAUAAGAGAGACGAAAUAGCUAUGACACUGAAUUCAGUGAGGUGAAGAAGGAAAAUUCCAAUGGAAGUCCUCAAGGGACCUCAAAUUACAAAAUUAUCAAUUUCCACUGUCAGACGAACAAUUUUUAGAUUGGCAAAAUUACACAUAAAAAAAUUGAUUCAUUUUGUUACACAGUGGUCUAAAAAUCCUCCUCCACUACUUCUUCUUCACAAUAAAAAUUUACAAAACUGGAACCUAGCCGGUAUAUUUUUUUACUACGCAAUUUUCAUUUUUUUAUUUGAUGUUUUUUUUUUCUUUUCUUUUUUUUUAUUUAUAUGCAUGUUUCUUGUUUCUGUUACGUUAUAAUAUAAAUUUGUUACCUUCCUCCUUUCCUUUAUAUAGUUAAGUUACACGUGUAAAGCUGUAAAUCUGUCACUAAGAUAGUUGUGUAUAAUCAACGAAUAGGUAUCUCUAUGUAUGUUGUUUACAUAGCCUACCUAAGAUCUCAUAUUCUAACGCCUAUAGAUUCUUUUGUUUUUUUUUUACUAUCGCGUAAAAUGAUUUUUAGAAAGACGUAAAAUUUUGAUGAUUUGAAAAGAAAUUUGUUCUCUCGGCUCAUUUUCUAUUCAGUUCAACAAAAAUUUGAAAAACACUUCUUCGGAGAUUUUUAAACACGCUACAAAAUAAUUACCAAAUACGAAACGAUCUAAAUCUUAUGUAAAUAUUUACACACAGUGGACUUUUAUAGACCUACCUAUACAGAAAGUACUUGGAUCGAAAAAAGAAUGUAAUUAAUAUUUACGUAUACACGUUGAUUAAUUUUUAUGUAACUACCAUAGAGAGACUUUUACGCGGGUAAUUAUGUAACCAUCACUCUUGUACAUACUUGAAUUAUUAAAUAAUUUUACGAAAAA